AUGGUGCCUGUUCGAAGAUAUCUCCGCAUCAGCAAAUACUCGGUGCUCGAGUGCCGCAUCUACGUCGACAACCCGGCCCUCGUGCAGUCUUGGCUGCUGCACCCCCGCGAUCCAGUGCUGCCCCGUGUCAUUGAGAGCGUGCGGCCCUUGGUACUUCCGAAAUUAAUGGAAGAAAGGGAACGGGCAAAGAAAAAGGGCACAAAGAAGAAGGGUGCGAUUCGUGACGUGCUUGUCGAAGAAACAAAUACACGGCAUUCGUUGCUGUUCAAGCAUCGACGCGCACGCGACAAAACCCAAACGCGGCUGGUUUCUAACUCGUCCAAGCUCACCGGUGGGACGAGCGACGCGCCCAUUGAUGUAGAGGACGGUGGCAAUGGCGACCUGCGGGUCGAGCUCGACCAAGAUGGAAACGUCGAGAACGGCGAUGGAGACGAAGAUGUUGUCUUGACGGCAGCAAGUGUGGGAGGCACAAGGCAACAGCCUGACAGGGAAGUCCCGCCAAAUCUGCUUCUGGAAGACAGCGACGACGAAGUCCCGUUUGCCCUGCAGGAUAUUCCUGAUAUCCAAGAGGACAAAGAGGGGGGUGUUGAUACUGCAGAUGCUACGACACGGCGGUCCAAACGCCAAAGACAAGACCCUGUACAGGUCAGGGACAGUGGUGACGAUGAAGACGGCGCUGACAAUCGUGAGGGGGUCGAAAGUGACAACGACUCACUAUUCAUGAGCCACAACGAGAACGAUGAUGACCACGAAGAACCUCCGUCAAAACGCUCGCGGGUCGUCCCUGUGGAUGCAGACAAUGAAGACGAGGCGAGCCGCAAGAAGAAGAAGCUAGCUAUGGACGUCAUCUACGAAGGUUUUGCCAUUUACGGCCGCGUCUUGUGCCUCGUGGUAAAGCGACGUGGUCCGCCUCGUGGCCGAGGUGCGCAGACUGUUCUUCCAACCUCGGUCGGUGGCAGUCGACCAGGAAAUUCGUCGACUAGCCUGGAACCUACAAAACCCGGGGGGCAAGCUGCCAUGGAAAACUGGAUUGCCUCGACACAAAUGCCAAUACCCCAGGCAUCCGAGGAGAUGUCAUAA